CCCUGCUCGAACGAACGUGCGCGAAUUCAUGUUCGAUGCUCUCUCGCGAUAAACGAAAACCAUUAUAUAACUUAUAUUUCAUAUUAAAAAAAAAACCUUAAUUGUGAAUUGUUUCCAAAUGUAAUACGUCUAAAUUGAACAGCCUGUUCUAAUUGAAGUUGUCGUGCGUAAAUGUGUCGUCCGGUAUUUAGCCGGCUUAUAGACUGCAGUCGGUCAUUACGCAAAUGCGAAGGCGUUCGUGUCAUUGACAUGUUUGUUUACAAAAUAAGUUUUAAUGAUAAUUCAUUUUGAUUUAUCGUGUUUCUGCAAUACCUUUGUUAAAUUAUUGUUGUUUUUAUAUGAUUAUAUAUAAUAUUAUCAUAGAUUAAAAACGUUGUAUAAAGAGUAACCGAAUAAUAAGAAUGACCGAAAUAGAAUGGACAAACGAUCAAGUACUGACAUUAGUUAACGAAUACAAGAAUAGAAGGAUGCUGUGGGACCCUAACCACGACCUGUACCGCGUCCAAACCGCUAAAUACGAGGCCUGGUGCGAGUUAGCGGAUAUAUUUGAAUGUGAAAUACCAGAUUUACGGAAGAAAUUCAAUUCAAUCUUCGCCUCUCACAGGCGAGAGAAAUCGAAGGUGCGACUAGGGGGCCGGUCGACUUGGUUUCUAUACAGCCAUUUGAGUUUCCUUCCUAACCAUAUUGAAUGCGACGAAUUAGGAGAGAAUAUCGCCGUGGCGAAGAAACGUAAAAAGAAAGAAAUCGCUGAAGAACCAGAAAUCGAGGAGUCGGGAGAUGAAUACGAAGUAAAUGGUAAUGAAAGUCCAGUGCAUAUCGUUAUCAAAGAAGAACCGGAGAAUAUUGAAAGGACGCCACCUAAAAUAAAGUACGUCUGUUCUAAACCUCGACUCACGCGAGUCCUAAAACGAAGAAUAGUAAAAGACACCACACUAGCUGAUAGAAAUAAAUUUUUAGAAAGAAAAUUAUACAAGCGCUCAGAAUUGUAUAAGAAGAAAGACGAAUGUGAUAGUUUCGGCGAAUACAUAGCGAUAUCAUUGAGGAAACACGACGAAAGAACGCGUUCUAUGAUAAAGCAAGCUAUAAAUAAUAUUCUCUUCGAACAAGAGAUGAAAAAGUAUAAUAAUUCUGCCCAGUACGCUGUAGUUAUAUCCAAUAUGGAUGAGAACCCUCUUAUCAUCGGUGAUGACUGUGAGAAAUGAUUUACGAACUGUUAUUACAGUGUAAUUAAAUUGGUUGUCAAUAUUUAUAAAUGUACAUGAAAAUAUAUUCUUAUUA